AUGGCUGACUUCACGCAACUAGUGGCCGACUGCAAUGUGCCAGCAGCUGUCGCCCCUUUGCUUUCAGCAUUCGACGUUGCUUUGUUUGCCCGGUCCUGCACCACUUCGGCAGAGCUUGAAGAGUUGGUGAACCACUUUCUGGCGGAAGCCUCAGUUACUGAUGCAGCUGAGCGCUUUAUCACCAAAGCUUCGCUUCGCUUGCUCUUUUGCAAAUGCCGAACUUCAGAGGGCAUGGCAUCCUUGGAAGCCGCUCCCACUCCCACCACACCGCUUGGGGAUGGGCCUCCCGCUGCUACCCCGGCUCCCCCGGCCACGCCUCCGCUUUCCAGCUCCUGGCAAGAGGCUUGGCCUGCGAAGCUGAGUGGGGAGCGAACCGCGGCGCUUAGGAAGAGGUUCGAGGAGGACUACCCCACUGAACUUCUUGACGCCGAGAGCUUUCCAAGCGCCCGCUUAUUGGCCCUCACCAAUAAGAUGCUUUCAGACAAGGAGGUGCGAUGGAUUCCUUGGAAGUACCGCUUAAGCGCUCGUGCUCAAGAAGACAGUCUCCUCGUUCGGCCCAGGAAACAGGCCCGCUUUGACCUAACAGAGCUCUUUCUGGACGAGGCGCCUACACGUGACAUACAUGAAGGCCCCGCUUCCUUUGGCCUCGUCACUCAGCUUCUGUCACUGGCUGCCAAUGCCAUUGCGCUCUGUCAAGGUGCACAUCUUGGUUCUCUGAAGCUUUAUAAUAAACGCUUCAUGAGGAUCUGCUUCACGAAGUACGAUGCCGCCGCCAGCUUACGAGGUCCCACUACCAUGGAAGCCCAGGCCGCCGACCGCCGCUGUUGGGAAAUCAUCGCCGACUUAGUCAAUGUGCACCACUGGAAGUUGGACGAUGCGCUUCACGAAGUGGCCGAGGUGCGCUCUGACAUGCACAGCCUGCUUGCACCGAGGCCCUUUAUUCCCAAACCGAAGUUCGACCCGGACAACAGCUGGAAGGCCCGCUUCACAGGCAACGGUCGAGGCGGCAAAGGCGGUGGCCGCGGCGGCAAAGGCCGUGACGGCAAGGGCGAGAAGGGAGAGCGCUUUGAGAGAGGGGGCAAAGGUGGCAAGGGCAAGGACAACAAGCAAGCCUCCCCCCCCGGCAAGUGGCUUUCCACCCUCUUCAUGGAUGGCAAACGUCAGACGCUUUGCAUGAGUUACCAGAGCGGGCAGUGCAAGGACCCGGCCACAUGCCGCUACUUGCACAGAUGCGCAGAAACCCACUUCAGCGAGCUGCGGGACAUCGCUGAGGAGGUCACGACCGUCCCGCUUAGUGUGCCGGCACAACCGUCAGGCUCAGCAGGGGCCACUUCGGCACUGCCCAAGGCACGUGCCCUAGUCUCCGAUGCAGCAUCGGCACUCAGUGAAGGCUCUCUCGAUUUCGCUACUUGCUUGGAGCUUCUAGCGCAGUACUUUUCCAUUCCCUUCGCUUCUUCUUCUCUCUGCCCCGACAAUGCCAUUGCAGCCUCUGAAGCAUAUUUCAAUUUGGGGGCUUUCGCUUUUGACAAUGGCGCCAGGUCGGGCAUCUUUCAGCGUACCGAGCAAUUUUCAGACGUUCUUCGAUUCUUGAACGCUUUUAUGCAGCUUCAGUUCCCUGAAGCCUCCUGGAGCUCCCUCUGCGUCAGCCACAACGUUCGCACCCGCUUACACACAGAUUCUGGCAACGCUGCAGGGUCUCUGAAUCACACAGUUUCACUUGGCAACUUCAGCGGUGGCGAGGUUUGGCUUUGCCCCGCUUUGAACCAGGCGGCUUCUCAGGUACCAGCCCCCUUGGAUGCCUCAUCCGAGGCGCACAGUGCAUCUGAAGCGGGUACAGGCGAGGUGCGCGACACAUGGCACGCGCCGCUCUCCUUUAGCUGUGAAGCACUUCACUGUACGCUUCCGAUACAAGGAGACCGGUGGGUAUUGACUGCCUACACUUGCAAGAGCCUAGACCGCUUUGAUGCAACGUCACUGGCACACCUGAGGUCUCUGGGCUUCCCGCUCCCGCCGGCAACCCCAUGCCACCCGCAGUCAAUACAUCCCCCGCUCAAGGACACGACAUGCGUGGAGCUCUUCCUGGAUAUAUGCUGUGGGGCCGCUCACCCACUUACCACGGCGAUGUCUUCAUACGGAAUCACUUGUCUGCCCAUAGAUCUACUGGGCGAGGAGCAACUCGACCUGCUCAACGACGACACCUACGACCACUUGCUUCGGCUGUGCUUUGCUGGGAUCGUCCGCUUAGCUCACGGAUCGCCACCCUGCAAGGACUACUCCCGCUUGAAGCUUCGUCCAGGUGGACCUCCAGCCAUUCGAUCGCCGGAUCACAUGAAUGGACAUGCUUUCCGAAAUACAGGCCUCACUGGUCAAUAUCCCGGCAUGUUCAGUGGGACAAGCUAUAGCAAAAUCGAGGCCACCAGUCCGUCGCAGGAACCAGGGACGAACACGGGCAGUGCACUUGUUUUCUUCGGCAAGACCUGCUUAUUCGGUUGCGCCCUGUACCAGUCCGACAGCUUACACGACCUGCGGAAGGUGGAGGAAUGCCUUCGGCACCGACUUGUCAGCCGCAAACAGCUUGACAAACUGCUAGGUCUGCUUCAGUGGAUUCUGCAUGGUCUUCCUGCUUUACGCCCCUGGCUAUGCACUCUGUAUGAUGACAUGCAUAGACCACUUGGUACCAAUGUCAGCAUCAGCCCAGUUGUUUGGCCAGGCAUCCACUCUUACCUGGACGACAAGCUUCGCUUCACAGGUUGCCCCCCGGGCACGGGCAUUUCACCUGGCUCAACGCUGCUUUCAGCUCGGCAUAAGCCUCUGAAGAGUAAAGAAGACCUGGCUCUAGUCCCCGUAAGCACAAAGCGCAUGUGGCUCCGAGUUACGGACCCCACUUCCUCCAAGCGGCGCUUAUGUGAAUCCAGCAGAGAAACCCUUGCCUUCUUUGCCCACUUGAGCUCCAGGGACUGGCGGCCCAGGCCACUUCGACCACCACCUACCAGUUCGGUGGAGUCGGCCGCAGAUGCUUUCGGCAAGGGCAAUGAUUGUGGCGUGGGAGGUUGGCUCCUCCUCCCCAGCGGACGCCUGCUUUGGUUUGCUCACCGCUACACAGUCAAAGACUUCCUGGACUUAGGCCUACCCAUGCAAGCAGAUGCCAACCUCGACAUCUCCAGCUACGAGACAUUGGCACAGUGCUUUGUGCUUUUGGCUUUUUGGAAAGCCCAUGGUUCCGGUCGCUUGGCUUUGACAUUACCAGCUUUGAUGAGCGAUAAUAGUGGUGCGGAGUCUGUGUGUAAUAAGCUUUACACCUCUAAAGUACCACUUAACCUUUUCGUUCGCAAGCUUUCAAUGUGGAGCUCGAUUACCGGUGUCACUUUUGGACUGCAGCCAUAUAGCUGGCGAGAAGAACGAUGA